GGAUCCGGAUCCGGAUCCGGCUCCACUCUUGCAAGUUUCAAGAACCUUAAACCCCUCAAAAGACCUUAUCAUCUUUCAUGGCAGUUAAGAGUGUUUGUGCACAAGCCAAGUUCCCAUGAUGGCUCUCAAAUUCAAUUCUCCAGCCCCCAAUGCUUUUCAGAUCUUACCAUCAUUGACUAAGUCUAGUAUGUGUAUUUUGAGCAUCAGACCAAAUGGGACAUGCCCAAUUGCAAGACGUAAAAUAAUCUGCAAUAUGAACAUAGCAGCAGCUGGACAAUCAGAUGAACCUCACAAAUUUAACUUGGUGAGCAUAAUAGACCGGGCAAGGAAAUUGUGGGACAGCACUCCUGAACCUGUCAAGAGUUUCCCUUGGAAUAGAGCGCUGGACAAUUUUGUUCAACUUAUUCUUGACAUUGUUUUGUCAGUUACCAAAUACUUAUAUGUACCAGUACUUGUAGUCACCUCAAUCAGUGAGUUGUCUUACUGUGCACAUGAAAGGAAGCUUUAUAUCACCCUGCUUCCUAUUCUAGUUGGUGUUACUAUUGCUGGCAUCUUAAAGUCAGCAGCUCUGGAGUCAUCUCCAUAUCUGAAGAAUGCAGAAGUUCCUUGGCAUUUGAUUGGCAUUGGCAUUUUCUUCACAUUGCUGAAGUUGCCCGGACCAUAUUAUCCAUAUUGGGGUCGAAUUUUUAUUCCACACAUCGCAAAUGGGGCACUGUUCAGAACUUUGUGGUUUGCUUUCCUCUGGUACAGAAGGCCCAGGAAGUCAGUAGAAACGACCCUGCCUGAUUCAGUAGUUGCUGAUCCUGAACAGAGGGGGCUAUAAAUUUUUGGCGACGAAGUAUAUGAACCGGGGCAAAUCACUACUUUUGGCAAAUUGUACCACAGCAAUCAAUUGUCUGGAUCUUGGAUCGACCAAGUUUGAAGAUAUUUGAUUUUCACUUUAAGAGGGGCUUUGAAUUUUAGUUCCAGUGAAGAAAGCCAAGGCUUCUUUGCAAUCAGACAAUAGGUAUAGCAUUAGUAGUUUCCAUUGUAAACAUUUUCAGAUUUAUCUUCAAUGUACUCAUCCUUUUGAAUAAGUGUCACUCUUCUGUAUUGCUUGUAUUUUGGUCUCACUAUAAUUGAAUCUCUAUGAGUUUUGUGGUUCUCCCCUUGGAAAAAAAGACCAUGCCUUGCUCUUGA